CCAUCACUCCCUCCAGUAGGUGUGAGGACAGAGGGGCAAUGCCUGGUGCGGGUGGAACCAUGCACCGAGACGUACAUGGAAUGGGCUCUAAGUACCCAAGGUCUAUGCGGGGCUGCCUGCCCCCAUGGACCUUAACCCUGGAGGUGGCUUUCAUUCUCAUCUUCUUCUUUUUCACCGAAUAUGACAACAAUCCCAAGGAUCACAGGACCGUGGGGACUGAACAAGGCUUCCUCCAGGAUGUCACCAUCAUGGCGGCCCUCGGCCUGGGCUUCCUCACCUCGUCUCUGCGGAGAUUCCGCUGGAGCAGCGUGGCCUUCAACUUCCUCAUGCUGGCCCUCGGGGUGCAGUGGGCGGUGCUGGUGGAUGGCUUCCUGGACCAGCACACCCCUGGGAAAGUGGUCAUCGAACUGUCCAGCGUUCUGCGGGCCACCAUGAGCGCUAUGUCUGUGCUGAUCUCAGCGGGUGCCGUCCUGCGGAAGGCCAACCCAGUGCAGUUCCUGUUCAUGGUGCUGUUAGAGGUGACAACCUUUGGAGCCACGAGGCAUUUGGACAAGCAAGUCUUCCUUACGGAUGACCACUUAAGCAUGAUGCACAUCCACGUGUUCGCGGCCCAUUUCGGGCUCACCGUGGCCUGGUGCCUCUCACAGCCUCUGCCCAAGGAAAUAGAGGAGGAAGACCAGAGGGCAGUAAGCCCCAAUCUGUUUGCCAUGCUGGGCACCCUCUGCUUGUGGAUCUUCUGGCCGAGUUUCAACUCCGUUCUGCUGUCAGUACAAGAGGAAAGGAAGAAGGCCGUGUUCAACACCUACUACGCUCUUGCAGCCAGUGCAGUAACGGCCAUCUCCGUGUCGGCUUUGGCUCACCCUCAAGGAAAGAUCAACAUGACUCAUAUCCACAAUGCAGUGCUGGCAGGAGGUGUGGCUAUGAGUGUCCCGGGUUACCUGAUUUCAUACCCUUGGAUUGCCAUGGUGCUGGGCCUUGUGGCUGGGCUGAUCUCCAUCGUGGAUGCCAAAUGCCUGCCGGUGUGUUCUAACCACUUGCUGGGCAUCCAGAUUGACACUUGUGGUGUGAGCUACACAUUUGGCUCGCCGGGUCUGCUUGGGGGAAUCACCUACAUCGUCCUGAUGAUGCUUGAGACAAACUGGCCUAUGACUGUCACGAUCACCCUCAACAGCAGCGGGACACUCAGCUUGUACAUAGCCAUGGGUCUGGCAUCUGGUCUCCUGACAGGUUUACUCUUAAACCUCAGAAUAUGGAGAGCACCUCGUGUGGGUAAAUAUUUUGAUGACCAAGCUUUCUGGGAGUUUCCUCAUUUGGCUGUUGGAUUUUAAGCAAAAGCGUCCAAGAAAAAUAAGGCCUGUUCCAAAACACAAGAGAGUUCUUCUACCGUUGCCCACAUUUUUGCGUGUGUGCGCACGGCACACUCCUUUCUGCAGUCCUUCAUGUAUAACAAAAUAAGGUCAGAGACAGAUUUGGUAUUUAAAAUAAAGGACUAAGA